UAAAAUCUCUUCAGCUUGUGUUAACCAAGGACCUUAUUUCAGGCAUCUAACUAAAAAGCCAUUCAAAAAACCUGUUGGCUUCCAGACGAUCGGACCAGAAGUGCUAAAAUGCUAACUCAUUUCUGGGUUUUUUUGGACUCUUUUCUGCACCGCUCUAUUACGCUAUGUUCAAUUAGACUGUGAGGACCAUAAAGUUAUGCUCAGGUCAUGAGCAAACAAAAAGCCCCCAGUGUCAACAUGUCUACAAUGACCUGCUCGUCAUCGCUAGGCUCAAUCAGCCGACCCAUUUAGCUUUUGCGAGUCAUUCACUGGUCAAACAUCACAACACUAAAUUGUACCAACCAAGGUUUAUCAUUUUUAUCAUUCAAGGGUCUUGAAUAUGGCUUGUCUUGGCUUUUUCUUGUUCAGGGUCCGUGUCCUGAUUAAAAUUUAAUCAUGAUAGGAAAAUCUUUUAUUGUGUUCUCUUUAUAACUGAGUGUUAACUAAACACUUUACCCUCUGUACGUGCAGACGGUCAGUGCUGCCCACACUACGUAUGGGGUGGAUGUUGUUCUUUCCCUUCCUGUCUUGGCACAUCACAGACUGUUUGUGCUUGUUGCUGUCAUUAAAUCCAAAAUUUCAUUUGACUCAUUUGUCCCCAUUUUGCAUCACACCCAUGACUAAAUCACUCAUUGACAGACCAAAAUCCUGUCAGCUUUGAGAUAUUACGUGUGCUCCUCUGUGUGUGGGUGAAAAUAGUUCAAGGUUCAACAAUCGACUUGGCUGUAUAAAAAGGGCACUGAUUGACUGAAAUCCUGUUAACUUGUUGGGAUUGUUUGGUUGUACAUGACUGAAAAAAUGGUAAUUCCAAAGUUAAGGACAGACCGAGAAGAGGAAAGAAAGGACCGACGGGUCCAAGGCAGACUCGACAAAGGAGAGCUUAUAUUUCUGAAGAUGGAACAGCCUCCACAGAUUUGGCACAUGCAGGUCGCCCCCCAGAACGCUGCCGGAGAGCUGAAGAAGGUGUCAGUCAUGAGCCAGCCAGAGUGCUCCAUCUGCUACAACACCUACGACAAUGUCUUCAAAACACCCAAGCAGCUGGAUUGCACCCACACCUUCUGCCUGGAGUGUCUCUCCCGCCUCAUGGCGAUCUCGCUGGCGGACCAGGACGGCACCGACGGCAGCACUCACCUCUCUUGCCCCUUCUGUCGUCACCCCACAGCGCUGCCCGAGGAGGGACCCCCGGCCCUGACCACCAGCCACGAGGUCCUCUGCAAGCUGCCCAGCCACCAGCAGCAGGAGGAGCCAGUGUGGCUGGAGGGGGAGAAGCUGUGCUACAAAAGCUCCGUGCACGACGCCGGCUCGGGCGCCCCCGACAGUCCCAAGGCCUUCUGCAUCUGCAUUGACAUCGGGGCCAGCAAGACGGUGGACGCUCCGAUCCAGACGCAGCCCCGGACUUUUGGCCUGCUGGACCGGCUGGCGGACUGGAAGAGGAUGGUGCUCUUCGUCGUGCUCAUGGUGCUGCUGGUCGUGGUAGUGUUGUGGCCGUUGCAGUGUGUAUUCAGCACAGGGAACAUGCGCUGUAUGCGAGAACCCGUCCAUCCCAGCCCCACCACACCAACACCUGACACUAAUUUCACCAGGCUGCCUGGUCUGAAAGAGUAAACUUAUAGACUGACUGGACUUCACUGGAACUAUACAGAAUUUGUAAAUGUUUUGUGCAUAAUUCCACUUUUGCUAAUUGUACAUUGUUUUGCCACACACAACUGUCAACACCUCAGACUUUUAACCACAGAUGUUAAAGCCACUAUGUGUAGGCUGACUUUAGAUGUCUGACUUUAGUGCCCCCUGGUGUUGGUUUAAAAAAAAGACACUGUGGCAGACCCCACCAGGGGACAGAGACGAAAUGGCUGAAAGCAACACAGACUGAACCAAUUUUCACUGGACUUUGGUGUUUUUGUGUCAUAUGUCAUCAGACUCAUUUGAAUUAUGUUGUAUUUUUAAAUUGGAAUCACA